CCGGCCGUCUAUCCCCACCCGAAAUGCUCCUCCUCCGCCACCGCCUCCCCUCCCCUCUCCCGCGCCGUCGCGCCCCGCUCCGCUUCCUCCGCCGCCUCGCCAUGUCCUCCGCCUCCGCCACCCCUCCCUCCACCUCCGCGGCCGCCGACUACCACUGCCGCACCAAGCACAGCCUCACCGCCGGCUACGCGCGCGGCCCGGGCCGCCUCGACUGGGCCAACCAGCCCAACCCCUUCCUCCGCUUCGCCCCCGCACCCCAGCUCCCGCUCCCCAACCCGCCUCCCCCCGCGCUAUCCUCCAAGCCGUCUCUCAUUGCGCCACCCCGCGCACACAUCCUGGAGGUCCGCGCCGCGGCGCCCACUGGCGAAUGCGCCGCGAUUCUGCCCGCGCCGGCGACGGCGGUCGUGGCGCUCUCCUCGGUGUUCUGGCGGGAGGCGUGGAAGUAUGGGGAGCGAGCGUUUCGGUACUGCAACCACGACGUGGGGCACGCGCUCGCGGCGGUGGCGGUAGCUGCAGCAGCGCUGGGGUGGGACGCGAAGGUGCUCGAUGGGUUGUCGUACGAGGAUCUUGGCAGGCUGGUUGGAGUGGAGAAAGGGAGCCCGGCUGCUACGCCUGAGGAGCUGCCCGACAAAGUGGUCAGGGGUAAGGCGCCGUGGGUGGAGCGGCAGCACCCAGAUUGCGCCGUUCUGUUAUUCCCAGCAGGGUCUGAGCCUGAGGUGGACUAUGGCAGGAUGAGUGAGGCGCUGAGGAGGUUUGAUGGGCUGGAUUGGGUGGGGAAGGCGAAUGCGCUUAGUAAGGAUCAUGUGGUGUGGGAUGUGAUAUACCGUACUGCAGAAGAAGUCAAGAAGCAUGGUCCUGCGCCUGAGGAACGCUUCUUUGUGAUGCCAUGGCGGAAGAGCCCAGCUAUGUCGGAAGGUCUGUAUAAGCAAUUAACAGUGGAGGAGGUGGUGCGACGUCGGAGAAGCGCUGUGGACAUGGACGGGGUGCAUGUAAUGGGGAGGGACACAUUUUAUCAGAUGCUGUUGCACUGCCUCCCGUCAGGGAAGGUUGGCUCAGGUGAGCGGCAGGGGCAGCAAUGUGCUCUUCCAUUCCGUGUAUUACCAUGGGAUGCAGAGGUGCAUGCCGCAUUGUUUGUGCAUCGCAUCUCGGGGCUGCCAAAGGGGCUAUAUUUCCUGGUGAGGAAUGAGGAGCAUUUUGGUGCAUUGCAGCGUGCCAUGAGGCAGGACUUCGAGUGGGUUCGACCGGAAGGGUGCCCGGAUAGCCUCCCGCUCUACAGGCUGAUGAAAGGGGAUUGCCAAAGGCUGGCAAUGCAGAUCUCAUGCUUUCAGGAAAUUGCUUCACAUGGAUGUUUUAGCCUUGGUAUGGUUGCUAGAUUCGAGCCUCUGUUGCAUGAUAAAGGUGAAUGGAUGUAUCCUCGUUUGUUCUGGGAGACUGGCGUUCUUGGUCAAGUGCUUUACCUGGAAGCCCAUGCUUUUGGAAUAUCUGCCACAGGGAUUGGCUGUUACUUUGAUGAUGCUGUUCAUGAGGUACUUGGCUUAAGAGAUUUGGAGUUCCAAAGCUUGUACCACUUCACUGUGGGUAGUCCUGUGCUUGACGAGAGGAUAAUGAGUCUUCCGGCGUACCCUGGUCCCGGAAUCGAUGCAUGAUUUUUGCUUCGGGGUUAUUGUCCAUUCAUGCAUCAACAAGAGAACUGAGGAACCUGACCGUGUGGGAGUUCGUUUAUGGUAUAGUGGCAUGCCGUGCUAUCCCUGUAUACACCGGCAUUACCCUCUCUUAUUUCUGUAGUGGUUAGCCGGGUUGAUUUUAUGAUGGUACAUGGCACUCCCUCCGUAGCUCGUUUUGAUUUUUCUAGGUUCAUAAAUAUUAUCAUGCACCCACACAUACACUAUAUUUAGUUUAAAAAAGCUAAAACGACCUACAAUUUGGAACGGAGGGAGUGGGUAUGUUGGGAUGGUUCAGAGUGUUUUAAUGCAUGUUCUGGACUUCAACUGGUUA